CUCUCUCUCUCUCUCUCUCUCCUAACUGGAUCCUUAUAUAUAAUCCUAAAUCCUUCACUCUUUCCCACUGUUCUACAAGUAUAUCAUCGUCGUCCCACUUCUUCUUUGGCAUUUUAACAAACACCUGUUGAUCACUCAGAUCAGCCUGACAGACAGUUACCCGCAACAUAGAAGAAGAAGAACUUUGCUUGCUUGCUUGCGCAUUAUUCUUCAUUUCGAAUUCUGGGUCUUGAAGCAGAAAGUCUUUCGCGUCGUCGGUGCACUUGCUUUGUUUAUUUGGGUGCAAUUUUCCAAGUGAAGAUAUAUACAUAUGACAAUGGAGACUGCGAGGUUGGUGGAGCAGGGAAGAGAUCACAAGGUCGUUUCGCGUGUCGGGCACGCUAGCAAGGUUGGGUAUCAUGUGAGCAAGGCCAUAACGAAGAGAAAAUGCGGCAAGAAGAUCAAGCAUUCGGUGCCAUCAACGGUACUGCAACAGCUCUUUGUUUCGUGUAGACAAGUUUUCAAAGGCCCUGGAACUGUUCCUUCGCCUCAUGAUGUACACAAAUUGUGUAGCAUUCUUGAUAAGAUGAGACCAGAAGAUGUUGGGCUUAGUAGGGAUCUGCAGUUCUUCAAGCCUAAAACUGUGGUCCAAGGGACUCCUAGGGUCACAUAUACAACAAUAUACGAGUGCAGUAAUUUUUCGUUGUGCUGCCUUUUUAUUCCAGCAACUGGUGUUAUCCCACUCCAUAACCAUCCAGAAAUGACUGUUUUCAGUAAGCUUCUAUUAGGCAAGAUGCAUAUUAAAUCAUAUGAUUGGGUUGAUCCCGUCAAUUCAGAUGGCUCCACACCAGCCCCUCAAUUGAGACUGGCAAAGUUGAAAGCUGAUAGCGUCUUCACAUCCCCUUGCAAUACAUCUGUUCUAUAUCCAACAGAAGGUGGCAACAUCCAUGCCUUCACAGCCAUUACCCCAUGUGCUGUGCUGGAUGUGCUUGGACCUCCUUACUCUAAAGAAGAUGACCGGGACUGCUCAUAUUACAAAGAUCAUCCCUAUGCUGCUUAUUCAAAUGGAGAGGCAUCAGUAACUGAAGGGAAUGGUGAUUGUUAUGGGUGGUUGGAAGAGAUUGAAAUGCCUGAGAACUCAGAAAUGGAUAAAAUUCCGUACUUAGGACCACAAGUUACUGAGACGAGUUGCUAGGAUUGGAUGAAUGCCUUUCAGUAUUGAUUGUUCUCCACAUUCCUCUCUCUCUCUCUCUCUCUCUCUCUCUGCGCCUGGUACAGUGUUUGAAUUAAGAUAUGCUGGUUGUAGAGAGCUUCAUUUCAUUAUUUUGUUCUUUACUAUGUAACAUAGUUUUACAGAGUUUGAUAAAGACGUUAGGUGGAAUGUUGCCUUUCAGCCCAUGGUUUAUGAAUUGUUAUUUUGCUAAA